AUUAUAAUUAUUGCAUCCCCACAGACACCACGCGACUUUCAUUUUCUUUCAUCACUUUCCUGGAAAAUUCUCAGUUCACUGCCUUCCAAGAAAACCUUCAAGAACAAUACGAGUACGGUAUUGGACCAUUAUCACCUUUUCUUUUCCAUAUUUGUUUACUUUUGACGCAUUCCAAACAAAAUAAAGGAGGAGGAAGAUGAAUGAGCUGAGCAAAAGGAAUACUCAGCUUAGUUUUUUGGCCGUUUCUUUUGCUUCGUGGGUGUGUGGAGAUAGUGGGUUUUUCUGUCUGGGUUUUUGAGUACCGGUGAUUCUCCUCCAUGGGUGUUUGAACUUUGGUCUUGGUGGCUUAUAGGUAAAUGGGUGUGUGAGAUUGAGAAUGGUGGCUUGUUGGUGGUGAAUCUUGAGUUGGGGAGUAAGAAGAUGGCAGCGAUUUUAAGAAAAAUUCUUCCUGUUGCGCCACCGCGUCCUAAAGAUGACGAUGAUGGUGAUGUUGAUGAUAGUUAUAAUAAUAACUUUGAGUACUCCAUUGCUCUGGAGUAUCAUGGUCCUCCGGUGGGUUAUGAUAUCCCUCGAGCAGUUCCGGUGGAGGUUGGUGAAAUCCCAAUUGCCUCAUCGGUUCCAUCUUCCUUCUCUUUCAAUGAUAUGUCAUUGCCAAUCAUCCAACCAAUUAUUAAGACUCCACCUUUGUGCGAAAAAGCCUCAAAAGAUAUUGUUCAUCAAGCAUCACCAUCUUCGUCUACUAGGGUAGAUAGUUCAGGUGCAUUAGGUCGUGUAAAUGGUGAUGGAGGGAAUCAGAACCCGGACGAAGGAACUGGAAGUUCCUGCGAGUUAAGAUCAAAUGAUGGUCAUGAAAAUUUUUGUGAACUCUCAAGGAGUUCUGAGAUAGUGGAAAUACGAAAUGAUUGUAGAGAAGCUGGAGAAUUUCGGGAUUACAUGAACCCUGCUGAUUCUGAAUCAGUAGAAUCCGGCUUGACCUCUGGUUCACUUUCCUCUGAGGUUUUCUCUUGCCGGGAAGAGGAAGAUGGCAAUAAUGAGACUCCCCAUCAUGUCAAAAGGCCAUCAGUGGUUACUUUCUGUGAACCUGAGACAGAAGAUACUUAUGAAGAGUCUGUGUAUUCUGAGGUUGAAAGCUUACAGGAAGAGCCAAAGGCUGUGAGGGAAGGGAAAAAAGGUUCAUGCUAUAAAUGCUUGAACGGAAACCGGUUAACAGAAAAGGUGGUAUGCAUUGUUUGUGAUGCAAAGUAUUGUUACAAAUGUGUACGUAGAGCAAUGGGAUCAAUGCCAGAGGGAAGAAAAUGUGUUACUUGUAUUGGCAAGAGGAUUAGUGAAUCAAGGAGAGAGAGUCUUGGGAAGCCUUCCAGAAUGCUUAGGCGGCUGCUUAGUGAGUUUGAAGUUAAACAGAUAAUGAGUAGUGAGAUAUCAUGCAAAGCAAAUCAGUUAACAUCAAGGCAUAUUUAUGUAAAUGAUGAGCCUCUUAGUCAGGAAGAUUUGGUUCUCUUGCAGACCUGCUCAAACCCACCAAAGAAGCUUAGACCUGGAAGCUAUUGGUAUGAUAAAGUAGCUGGUUAUUGGGGUAAGGAUGGACAGAAACCUUCCCAGAUUAUUAGCCCCCAACUCAGUAUUGGGGGUAACAUCAGGAAAAAUGCUAGCAAUGGCAACACAAAUAUAAUGAUAAAUAAUAGAGAGAUAACUAAAGUAGAGCAUUUGAUGCUGCAGUUGUCAGGAGUGCAAUGUGAAGGGAAGCCUCAUUUUUGGGUUAGUGCAGAUGGAUCUUACCAGGAAGAGGGGCAGAAACAAAUCAAAGGGCGUAUAUGGGACAAUGCCAGAGCAAAGGUAGUAUGUUCUAUUUUGUCUUUGCCAACCCCUCCUCAUUCUGUGGAUCCUUCCGGAGAAGAAGUAAUUGGUGUGACAUCAAAUGACCUUGGUCAGAAAACACUUCAGAAACUGCUUCUGGUGGGCUAUAAAAAAUCUGGCACAAGUUCCCUAUAUAAGCAGGCCAAGCUCCUGUACAAAGUUCCUUUCACUGAAGAUGAGCGCCAAAGUAUUAAGUUGACCAUCCAAACAAAUUUGUAUUACUAUUUUGGCAUAUUGCUUGAGGGGCGCGAGAGAUUUGAAGAAGAAAGUUUGAUUGAGAUGAGGAAAAGACAAUGCUUACAGAGUUUACCAGAGUCUGAAAAAACUGUGGCAGCAGGUGAUACAAACCUGAUUGAGAAUAUGACAACUUAUUCAAUUGGUCCACGACUGAAAGCUUUCUCAGAUUGGCUUCUAAAAGUUAUGGCAUCCGGAAAUUUAGAAGCCAUAUUCCCAGCUGCUGGUCGUGAAUAUGCACCAUUUAUUGAAGAAUUAUGGAAGGAUAAAGCCAUCCAAGCCACAUACAGUAGGAGGAGGGAACUCAAAAUGCUACCAAUAAUUGCUACAUAUUUUCUAGAACACGCUGUUGAGAUUUCAAGAAUAGACUAUGAGCCUUCUGAUAUGGACACAUUGUAUGCUGAGGGAAUUGCCUCGUCCAAUGGCCUUUCUUGCACAGAAUUCUCAUUUCCAAAUUCAGCAGAAGAGAGCUCCAUAGACCCUGUUAAUGUUCAUGAUUCUUCACUGAGGUACCAACUCAUUAGGGUACAUCCAAAAAGCCUUGGGGAAAACUGCAAGUGGCUAGCAAUGUUUGAAGACGUUGAUAUUGUGGUAUUCUGCAUUUCAUUGACAGACUAUGAUGAGUUCACAGAAGACAGCAAUGGAGUUCUCAUAAACAAAAUGUUGGCCAGCAGACAACUUUUCGAAACGAUAGUUACUCAUCCAACUUUGACAGGGAAAAAAUUUCUUCUGAUACUAAACAAGUUUGACUUAUUCGAAGAAAAGAUGGAGCAUACUCCUCUGACCAAAUGCGAAUGGUUUCAUGACUUUAAUCCAGUGAUCAGCUAUCACAGAAACGCAUCCAUGGCUCAGCGUGCUUUUCACUAUAUCGCGGUGAAGUUCAAGAGAUUAUUCCAAUCUCUUACUGCUUCUCAUGUUACAAUCAACCGCAAGCACAAACAUAACUUGUUUGUUUCACAAGUAACAGCAUUGGAGCAGGACCGUGUGGAAGAUGCUCUGAAAUAUGCAAGGGAGAUCUUGGAGUGGAAUGUAGAGGAACCAUCAUUUAACGAGCUUUCGACCACCAUGGAGGAAAGUACAACCUCUUGAAUAUUCAAGACCUGUUUGUUUCUGCUAAAAAACAAGUUGUGAUAAGCAUAGGGACACAAGUCUUAUAUAGGACAAGAGAAUGAAGACUACAAGUUUCAGAUUUUUUCUUAGAUAUUUGUAGAAUGGACAUAACGUGGGAAACUCACAGAUUCUUUUUAAAGAAUUUAAUAAGAGGUUCAUCUGCAUCUUGCAGAUGGCUUGAGAUUUUUAUGCUUUUUGGAUCAUGUGGAAAAAGGUGGCUUCCAAUUGCAUUGCUCUUGUAGUAAUUGUCGGUUUCUUAGAAGAAUUGAGAUGGCUUUUGUAAUUUUCUUUCCCCCCAA